GUUAGACUCAGGCUGUAGAUCUACCGCUCUGUGACCCUGACUCAGCCCGCAACCUGCUUGUCCGAAAGCGUCAACGAUUUCAAAGUAAGUGUGCAUUUAAUUGACUAGAUCAGUGUUUCUGAAACUAUGGGUUGGGACCCAAAGUGGGCCUUGGGCAUGUGAGAGGUGAGUCGCAAGAUAUGAGAAUACAUAUAUAUAAUCGCACACUAUUUCUUUUUUAAUUUGAGUCGUUGGAGGAUGAUUUCGGUCAUGGGAUGACGGUCAAUUUCUAAUUUGGGUCUCGAGCUGAAAAACUUGAAGAACCCCUGGAUUAGAUCCUUCGCUCUGUACAGUUCCAUUGGAGGUUGUGCUGUUAUAGCCUAAGGCAGAUGUUACCUCAAUCGACAUUGAAAGGACUCAAACCUAAUUGAAACUGUAGAAAUAAUGGACCACAUUUAUUUUCCUCUUGUCAUGUCAGUCAUUGCAGACCUUAGAGAGCAGUGGAGGCUGGUUGGAAGACCCACGGUAUAGGUUCGGAACGCACAGAGACGAAAAUCAGGGAACAGGAGGGGACUUAGCUGUAAAUACAAAUAGCAGAUACAUUCCAUUACAGCUGUGCCAUCGUCGGUUUGGACAACGGGUUUCUCCAUGAUGUUAAUUUUAUUUAUUUAUUUCACCUUUAUUUAACCAGGUAAGCCAGUUGAGAACAAGUUCUCAUUUACAACUGCGACCUGGCCAAGAUAAAGCAAAGCAGUGCGAUAAAAACAACAACAACACAGAGUUACAUAUGGAAUAAACAAAAACGUACAGUCAAUAACACAAUAGAAAAUCUAUAUACAGUGUGUGCAAAUGUAGUAAGUUAUGGAGGUAAGGCAAUAAAUAGGCCAUCGUGCAAAAUAAUUACAAUUUAGUAUUAACACUGGAGUGGUAGAUGUGCAGAAGAUGAUGUGCAAAUAGAGAUACUGGGGUGCAAAUGAGCAAAAUAAAUAACAAUAUAGGGAUGAGGUAGUUGGGUGGGCUAAUUUCAGAUGGGCUGUGUACAGGUACAGUGAUCGGUAAGCUGCUCUGACAACUGAUGCUUAAAGUUAGUGAGGGAGAUAAGUGUCUCCAGCUUCAGAGAUUUUUGCAGUUCGUUCCAGUCAUUGGCAGCAGAGAACUGGAAGGAAUGGCGGCCAAAGGAGAUGUUGGCUUUGGGGAUGACCAGUGAGAUAUACCUGCUGGAGUGCAUACUACGGGUGGGUGUUGCUAUGGUGACCAAUGAUCUAAGAUAAGGCGGGGAUUUGCCUAGAAGUGAUUUAUAGAUGACCUGGAGCCAGUGGGUUUGGCGACGAAUAUGUAGUGAGGACCAGCCAACAAGAGCGUACAGGUCACAAUGGUGGGUAGUAUAUGGGGCUUUGGUGACAAAACGGAUGGCACUGUGAUAGACUACAUCCAAUUUGCUGAGUUGAGUGUUGAAAGCAAUUUUGUAAAUAACAUCACCGAAGUCAAGGAUCGGUAGGAUAGUCAGUUUUACGAGGGAUUGUUAAGCAGCAUGAAUGAAGGAGGCUUUGUUGCGAAACAGGAAGCCGAUUCUAGAUUUUACUCAGACAAAACUCAAAAUUCAUAAAGUCAAACACAUACUGCGCAUCUUGCCCACAUCAAAAUAGCCCAAGAAACGUUCCUGAAUAAAGCCCUGAUCGUCCACAUACCUGAAUAAAGCCCUGAUCGUCCACAUACCUGACGAUAACUGACGACUGCAAGCAGACUGAUGGCACCAUAGGUCCCAGAGUGGUGGGGACAUUUCUACCCCCUGGGGCUGGGAGUUUUUCCUUAUAUGUUAACCUAACCAGGAAAACUCUGGACACUAUAAGGUGAUUAAUCAGUUGUAAAAAGGUUUUAUAAAUUGGCUAUGAUGGGACCAGUUUUUCCUAAUCAGGUCACAUGGUUUUAAAAAAGUCCUGAAAAAAACUUCAGUCUACUUUAUUUACUAGACUAAAUAAGUUGGAAAAUUAGGUAGGGGAGUACCCGGACAAAAGUAACACUUCAUUUUUGUCCUAUUUACUCAGAGAUCGAUAGAGCUAUUGACCAAAUACUUAUUUUCCACCAUAAUUUGCAAAUACAUUCAUAAAAAAUCCUACAAUGUGAUUUUCUGGAUUUUCUUUUCUCAUUUUGUCUGUCAUAGUUGACGUGUACCUAUGAUGAAAAUUACAGGUCUCUCUCAUCUUUUUAAGUGGGAGAACUUGCACAAUUGGUGGCUGACUAAAUACUUUUUUCCCCCACUGUACAUAACUUUAGUUCAAAAUACAGAUACAUUCCUGUUAAUGUUUAUUUUGCAUUCUCUUUUAUUUCAGGGGGAGAAAGAAAUGUCAUAUGAAGAUGGACCGAGGUGGGACAACAUUACUUCAGUUUUCAGUUUUGAAAUGAUGAAGGCCUCCAUUUUCCACUUGUUAUUGCACCCUUGCAGUACUACUCUGCACUACACUGUACCACCAUACUAUAAUCCUAAUAUUCUGAAUUUUAUGGUGAUGGGGAUUAUUUAUACAGUGGUGAUUAUUUAUGCAGUGGUGAUUAUUUAUACAGUGGUGACUAUUUAUACAGUGGUGAUUAUUUAUACAGUAGUGAUUAUUUAUACAGUGGUGAUUAUUUAUACAGUGGUGAUUAUUUAUACAGUGGUGAUUAUUUAUGCAGUGGUGAUUAUUUAUACAGUGGUGAUUAUUUAUACAGUGGUGAUUAUUUAUACAGUGGUGAUUAUUUAUACAGUGGUGAUUAUUUAUGCAGUGGUGAUUAUUUAUACAGUGGUGAUUAUUUAUACAGUGGUGAUUAUUUAUACAGUAAAUAGUGUGACAUUUUGUUACACUUGGUGCAGUAUAAUUUUUUGGGGGGGAUACAUUUUCUUGUUCCAUGUACGCCUAAUGAUAGUUAGUUACUAACUAGAAAAUCUGUGUAAAAUGAUCAAUUUAGCCAUGCAUAAGUCUACCAACAAAUUAACCAUUCAUAAUUGCAUUGUUUUGUACUCCUGACAUACCCCCAGCAUGUUCCAAGACCAGCUGGCGGAGAAGGUCCGGCCUUUCAUAGACUUAAUAGAUGAAUUGAGAUCCAUAGGAAUAGAUAAGGAGAUGCCACUGCCAACCAUUGCUGUGGUGGGAGACCAGAGUUCAGGAAAGAGCUCUGUGCUUGAGACCCUUUCUGGGGUGGCGCUGCCCAGAGGGACUGGUGAGAUUCUGUAUUGUUUCCUGAAUAUACAAAAAAACUAUUGAAAUCUAUAUUAGCAUUUUAAAUGUCAUGCCCAAAUCACCCAAAGUCUCUGAAAGUGGUUGUUUAACUUAGACUUGAUUUGGGCAUUGACUAGUUUUUGGUUUGAAAAUGCUGAAGUUGGCGAUUUAGGACACUGGCAAGGUAAACAACCCUGAAGCAGGUUUUCACACUAUCCUUGUCCAUAGACAAGGUCAGGAAAUAUAGACAGUACAAUAGGACCACAGAGACAAGGACAUUGCUGAAAUGUUUAGAAUAUUCAAAUUAACUUGAUAACCGCAGCAAACCUGUUAAAUGCGUAUUUACUGUACAUGAGUUUUCUAACCAUUUAGUGACACUGUAAAUGUCUGACAUGCUUUUAGAUCAUUGAUUGUUCUGUUAUACAGUAUAAUGAUCUGUCAUUGGUACUUCCUUGUUUACAGGUAUUGUCACCAGGUGCCCACUGCUACUUAAACUGUGUAAUGACAGGUCAGUGAAAUGGGAGGCUGUCAUCUCAUACGGAGGCAAAUUCAGUUCUGAUUUUGACGAACCCUCAGAAGUCGUGAGACACGUUGAACAAGGUCAGAUGGGAACGAACACACACACACACACACACACACACACACACACACACACACACACACACACACACACACACACCACACACACACACACACACGCACACACACACACACACACACACACACACACACACACACACACACACACACACACACACACACACACACACACACACACACACACACACCACACACACACACACGCACACACACACACACACACACGCACACACACACACACACACACACACACGCACACACACACACACACACACGCACACACACACACACACGCACACACACACACACACACACACACACACACACACACACGCACACACAUUAUUUUAUACUGUAUAUUAACCAGUGGAGGCUCCUCAGAGGAGGAAUGGGAGGACAUUGACUUCAAUACAAAACCUAGGGGGCUCAUGGUUCUCACCCCCUUCCAUAGACUUACAAAGCAAUUUUGACAACUUCCGGAGGACGUCCUCCAACCUAUCAGAGCUCUUGCAACAUGAACUAACAUGUUGUCCACCCAAUUAAAGGAUCAGAGAAUUAAUCUAGAACUGAAAGCAUAAGCUACAGCUAGCUAGCACUGCUAUACAUAAAAUGUGGUGAGUAGUUGACUAGAAGAGAGAAAAACAAUAGUUGAACAGUUUGCAACAAAUUAAUUUCUUCAGAAAUUAAGGAGAAGCAGGAGAGAACGAUCUACAUUUCAUUUUUACUUACUUAACUAGCUAAUUCAGCUAGCUAUUUAUUUAAUUUUUUGUCAUUUAGCAGACGCUCUUAUCCAGAGCGACAUACAGGAGCAAUUAGGGUUAAAUGCCUUGCUCAAGGGCACAUCGGCAGAUUUUUCACCUAGUCGGCUCGGGGAUUAGAACCAGCGACCUUUUGGUUACUGGCACAAUGCUCUUAACCACUAAGCUACCAGCCGCUUUAGUGUAGCCUACUCAAACACCAGGCUCAAACAGAGAGGGAUGCUAUGUUAGCUAGCUGGCUAUGGCUAUCCAACACAGGAACUCUUCCAAGUCAAGGUAAGCUUUUGUGUUUAAUUAGUUUUUAGCCACUGUCUCUGAAACACUGCCUGUGUCACUGCUAAACUGCUUGCUGCUGACUGAAAACUGUACUGCAUCAUUGUAGCAGCUGAUGUGUUGUGCCCCUAAGUCUACAAGCGAAGGGAAAAGGUGAGAGGAGGAGAGUGCGUAUAUGGGAGAAGGAAUUAUCUAUACAAUGAUCAAAGGGAUCAUGCUGUUUGUAUUUUGCUGCUAUGAAAGUGAACUGUGAUUGCGUGUGAUCAGGGGUGUAUUCAUUCCACCAAUUAUGUUGAAAAAUGUUUCUUAAACGGAAGCAAACGGAUUGAAAAAGGGACAAACAUACCUGAAUCUGUCCAAUAGAAACUUGUUUGCAACUGUUGGACUAAUGAUUACACCCUAGAUCAGUUAGAUGCAGGCAAGAGUGUGCAAGGCGGUAUUGAAUGUGUCAAUGUCUGUCACCUUGAUUACAAAAACGUCUCUCGACUUAUGUUGUAAACUUUCAUUUGUAGGCUAGGUUGUAGCAACCUCACGAUGGGUAUAGGGAAACUUAGAGUAUGAUAUAGUAGCCUAAACCUAUCGAUGUGACAUUGAACUGGGUGAAUGGAAUACGAAUGUCAGUCAUCCAAUAUGCUGUAAUAGAAAUAAGGCCUUGCUCAUAAAAAAAAAAAAAAUAUUCUCCCUUAUCUUAAACGGCCCCGACCGCCACUGACAUUGACAUAUCUAUUCUUUUUUUGGGUGGAAAAGUUGAUAUGGUAUUUACCAUAGACAACUACAGAAUACAUUAUACAUAAUAAUAAGAGUUCUGUUGGGGUAUAAAUCAGUUAAUAAACUCAUCAGUUUUUUUCCUCAAUAUUGUAAUUGAUUUAACAGCUCAGAACACGUUAGCUGGAAAGGGAGUUGGGAUAUGUGAAGACCUGAUCACUCUACAGAUCACAUCCUCCACGGUGUGUGACCUCAGUCUGAUUGACUUACCUGGGAUCACCAGGGUAGCUGUGAAAGGACAACCAGAUGACAUUGGAGCCCAAGUAAGUCUAACGUUAGAGUGUAUAGCUUUUGGACUUUUGUCCAGUACAUUGCUUGGUUAUCUCAUGGCUAUUGGUUCUCAUCUCAUGAUACACUAAUGAUGAAUUGUUUUAGCCAGGUGUACGGACUUUUUACCAUAAUUGCUAGAAAGGUAGCUAUGAUGGUUGAAGCGGGUGAAAGGUACUUUGAAUGUGUUGGCUUUGAAGAAGGUUAAGCUUCAGAACCAUGAAAAACAGAGUGCCCCACACAGGGCUAUAUCACGGGUAACAAGCGGUCGGCUACCCUCUUGUGGAUGAAUCAAAUAACUCGGUCAAAGGCUUGCAUCCUGACUGUCUGUCACAUUCUUCUUCCUUUUUUUGCUAGAUCAAUAAUCUCAUUACAAAAUACAUCAAGAAUAAGAGAACCAUUAUUUUGGUGGUGGUACCAUGUAAUGUUGACAUAGCAACAACAGAGGCCCUGAAAAUGGCACAAGAAGUGGAUCCUGAAGGCACAAGAACUCUGGGUAAAGAAAUUAUAUAGAUACAUGUAUUUUCUAUAGGGUUUAUGGAUUAGCAGUUAUCAUCAUGCUUUUCAUUUGUCUUCAAGCCAUUCUGACAAAGCCAGACCUGAUAGACCCGGGAGCAGAGAAGAAUGUGUUGGAAAUUGUCCACAAUAGAGUCAUCGUUCUCAAUAUGGGCUAUGUCAUUGUGAAAUGUCGUGGUCAGAAGCAAAUUGAUGAAAACAUGUCCAUAGCUCGUGCGAUUGAGGACGAGUUGGAAUUCUUCCAAAAUCAUGAACACUUCAGGUAAAAUGUGUUCUUGCCAUGUGUUAAGUGAACUAGCAUCUUUGUUUUUUGAUGGCUUCACAUCUGAAAAUGUUCAGGGCCACAAACUGUAUGUUUCAGGAUUUUAUGAAAAGUAUAUUUUUCCACAUAUCCACUGAGAGUAGUUCCAUUUAGUAUUGAUGAAUGGUAUUUUCUUCUGAGUCCCAGGCCUUUUUAUUGCUCACUCACCUCCCUUCUCUUACAUUUCUACAUAUAGUACUUUUUAACAUUCAAAAUCAAAUAGCUAAAUGAUCCUUGGUGUGAUCAUCUUUAAACAAUUCCACAUGUUAAUUUAGCUCAUGCACAUAUCUCAAGCUUAAACAGACGGAUUUUGAUGGGGAUUAUUUUAUUAUGUUAAUUAGAUUUCCAUGGGGGCGCGACCAUUGUAGGCCAAGGGGUUAACUGACAUUUGUAUUUGACAUUUUUUAUAAAAUUUUCGGGAUGAAAUACUGUGUUUGUUAAAUUUCUCUUCCUUUUAAUGUAUAGAUCCCUCUUGCGUCAGGAGAAGGCAACCACCAAGUGCCUAGCCACUAAGCUCAGUAAUGCCCUGGUCAAACAGAUCAAGGUUAGUCCAACCACAUACCCUAUGAUUAUCUGUUUCCAGUGCACACUGGAAAACAUGUGGUCUGGUACCUAUUAACUUGUUGUAUGUUUGCUCCUGGUCAGAAAUACCUGCCCCAGAUGUCAGAGAAGAUAAAGGAGCAGCUGGCGGACGUAAAGAUUGCAUUGAGUAAAAUAGAGUGUGGGCCUCCCCUGGAACCUGCAGAGAAGAGAAAGUACCUCAUUCAGGUGAGUCAAUCUUUCACCUUUCCAUCUUUCAGCUUCGUAAACGGCUUCUUUUCUACAAAAUUGCCAUACAAAUGUAUGAUGUAAGGUUUGGAAGCCACACUGUUGCACAGUGGUCCAGCUGUGUUAUUGUCAUGGUUUGGUAAAUUGUCAGGAGAAUGUCCUUGGGAGACAAACGUCUGUUUCUAUCACUCCUAUAGACAGUAAAGGCAUCAACUCUGUUGCACAUCCUCUGCCAAUUGGAUUGGUCAGAUUUGCAACACAGCUGUAAGAGUAGAACCACUGUCCAGAAAGACAAAUAAAACAGCAUCAAAACUUUCUCCACUCUCCCACUUCCUCCACACUCCUUCCUUAAUUUCCCACUGAUUAUGUUUGUCACCAAGUUAAACAAUACUUUGCCUUGACAGCUGAUCUUGCAAAAACACUUGGACACACCAGUGUAAGAUAGUUCUUGCUUAAUAGCUGUAGAUGACGUAAGGAUGGAUGGGUCUUGUGGAGCCAUCUCAUAAAACAGUAAUCUAAAAGGACUAAAUAUGAACCAUUUAAACAGGUAGGUUUUAUUUUGUUAUGUUUCCUUCUUCAGGUCAUAACAGAGUUCAAUGAGCAGAUUACCCAGCUGUCCACAGGGGAUAUUAUCGUUGAGGAAAAUCUAUUUGAGCUCAUGCGAAAGGCAUUUAUAGACUGGAUGGAAUGUCUGAAAUAUGCCAAAUCAAAUUGUAGGUACAAUUUUGAAUAGACAGGAUAUUGCUCACCAACUAAAUAUUUAUGUUUCCAAAUAUCCCUAAUAUUUACUGAUAUAAUUAUUAUACUACUAAUAGUUAUGUCAUACAAUAGUGAUUAUAAUCCAUUAUAUCUCCAAUAAAUGAUUAACAUUGUUUUCCUCAAUUUAGACAACGAUGAAGUGCAACAAGUGGUCAAUGAAUAUGACAAGGAACACAGGGGAAGCGAGCUGCCUGGUUUCAGUAACUACAGGGCAUUUCAACAUGUUGUUCAGAAACUAGUGGCUAAACUUAAGGAUCCAGCUAUGGUGACACUAGAGAAAAUCAGAGGUAAGUGACCAAAAAGCCCUAGGUUUGAUGUGAUUUUCUAAAUGCCCCUUUAUUGAACAUCAUGCAUGGGUCUCUACUUCUGUCAAGACAAACAUGCCUAUUAUAUUAAGUAGUAAGCACUCAAGAAAGCAAGUAUUGGUGAAUCACACCCCCAUCCACAUCGACAGGGCUGAAGUGGGCGGGUCGAGAGCAUUAAGUUCCUCGGUGUCCAAAUCACUAAUGACUUAAAAUGGUCCACACAAGCGCACACUUGUUAAGAAGGCAAGACAGCGCCUCUCCCCCUCAGGAGGUUAAAAAAGGUUUGGCAUGGGCCCUCAAAUCUUCAAACAGUUCUACAGCUGCACCACUGAGAGCAUCUUGACUAGCUGCAUCACCGCUUGGUAUGGCAACAGCGCCACCCUCCAUCGCAUGGCGCUACAGAGGGUGGUGCGGACAGCCCAGUACAUUGUUGGGGUCGAGCUCCGUGCCAUCCAGGACCUCUAUAGCAGGCGGUGUGAAAGGAAGGCCCGGAAAAUUGUUAAAGACCCCAGCCACCCAAGCCAUAGACUGUUCUCUCUGCUUCUGCACGGCAAGCGACUCCUGAACAGGCUCCUGAACAGCUUCUAUCCCCAAGCCAUAAGACUGCUAAACAGAUAACAGAAUGGCUACCAGACAAUCUGAGUUGACCCCUGUAUUUAUUUGUAUAGUUUCACUGUCUCUAUGCACACUCACAGAACUCUACAGACGCACACACACUGUCGCUCCCACACACACACACACACACACACAUACACACUCACUUAAUUUGCUCAAACACAUAAUAUCCACACACAUUUAUACUGACUCUAAACACACACACUCACAUGUAUUCAUCAUACACACAGCUGCUACUCUGUAUAUCAUAUACAGUGGGGGAAAAAAGUAUUUAGUCAGCCACCAAUUGUGCAAGUUCUCCCACUUAAAAAGAUGAAAGAGGCCUGUAAGUUUCAUCAUAGGUACACGUCAACUAUGACAGACAAAAUGAGAGAAAAAAAAUCCAGAAAAUCACAUCGUAGGAUUUUUUAUGAAUUUAUUUGCAAAUUAUGGUGGAAAAUAAGUAUUUGGUCAAUAACAAAAGUUUCUCAAUACUUUGUUAUAUAUCCUUUGUUGGCAAUGACACAGGUCAAACGUUUUCUGUAAGUCUUCACAAGGUUUUCACACACUGUUGCUGGUAUUUUGGCCCAUUCCUCCAUGCAGAUCUCCUCUAGAGCAGUGAUGUUUUGGGGCUGUCGCUGGGCAACACGGACUUUCAACUCCCUCCAAAGAUUUUCUAUGGGGUUGAGAUCUGGUGACUGGCUAGGCCACUCCAGGACCUUGAAAUGCUUCAUACGAAGCCACUCCUUCAUGCCCGGGCGGUGUGUUUGGGAUCAUUGUCAUGCUGAAAGACCCAGCCACGUUUCAUCUUCAAUGCCCUUGCUGAUGGAAGGAGGUUUUCACUCAAAAUCUCACGAUACAUGGCCCCAUUCAUUCUUUCCUUUACACGGAUCAGUCGUCCUGGUCCCUUUGCAGAAAAACAGCCCCAAAGCAUGAUGUUUCCACCCCCAUGCUUCACAGUAGGUAUGGUGUUCUUUGGAUGCAACUCAGCAUUCUUUGUCCUCCAAACACGACGAGUUGAGUUUUUACCAAAAAGUUCUAUUUUGGUUUCAUCUGACCAUAUGACAUUCUCCCAAUCCUCUUCUGGAUCAUCCAAAUGUACUCUAGCAAACUUCAGAUGGGCCUGGACAUGUACUGGCUUAAGCAGGGGAACAUGUCUUGCACUGCAGGAUUUGAGUCCCUGGCGGCAUAGUGUGUUACUGAUGGUAGGCUUUGUUACUUUGGUCCCAGCUCUCUGCAGGUCAUUCACUAGGUCCCCCUGUGUGGUUCUGGGAUUUUUGCUCACCGUUCUUGUGAUCAUUUUGACCCCACGGAGUGAGAUCUUGCGUGGAGCCCCAGAUCGAGGGAGAUUAUCAGUGGUCUUGUAUGUCUUCCAUUUCCUAAUAAUUGCUCCCACAGUUGAUUUCUUCAAACCAAGCUGCUUACCUAUUGCAGAUUCAGUCUUCCCAGCCUGGUGCAGGUCUACAAUUUUGUUUCUGGUGUCCUUUGACAGCUCAUUGGUCUUGGCCAUAGUGGAGUUUGGAGUGUGACUGUUUGAGUUUGUGGACAGGUGUCUUUUAUACUGAUAACAAGUUCAAACAGGUGCCAUUAAUACAGGUAACGAGUGGAGGACAGAGGAGCCUCUUAAAGAAGAAGUUACAGGUCUGUGAGAGCCAGAAAUCUUGCUUGUUUGUAGGUGACCAAAUACUUAUUUUCCACCAUAAUUUGCAAAUAAAUUCAUUAAAAAUCCUACAAUGUGAUUUUCUGGAGAAAAAAAAUUCUCAAUUUGUCUGUCAUAGUUGACAUGUACCUAUGAUGAAAAUUACAUGCCUCUCUCAUCUUUUUAAGUGGGAGAACUUGUACAAUUGGUGGCUGACUAAAUAAUUUUAUUCCCCACUGUAUUCUGAUGCCUAGUUACCUUACCCCUAUACAUAUCUACCUCUAUCACUCCAGUAUCCCUGUCACCUUACCCCUAUACAUAUCUAUCUCCAUCACUCCAGUAUCCCUGCACAUUGUAAAUAUGGUAUUGGAACUGACCCUGUAUAUAAUCACCUUACCCCUAUACAUAUCUACCUCCAUCACUCCAGUAUCCCUGUCCCCUUACCCCUAUACAUAUCUACCUCUAUCACUCCAGUAUCCCUGUCACCUUACCCCUAUACAUAUCUACCUCCAUCACUCCAGUAUCCCUGUCCCCUUACCCCUAUACAUAUCUACCUCUAUCACUCCAGUAUCCCUGUCACCUUACCCCUAUACAUAUCUACCUCUAUCACGCCAGUAUCCCUGUCCCCUUACCCCUAUACAUAUCUACCUCCAUCACUCCAGUAUCCCUGUCCCCUUACCCCUAUACAUAUCUACCUCUAUCACUCCAGUAUCCCUGUCCCCUUACCCCUAUACAUAUCUACCUCUAUCACUCCAGUAUCCCUGUCCCCUUACCCCUAUACAUAUCUACCUCUAUCACUCCAGUAUCCCUGUCACCUUACCCCUAUACAUAUCUACCUCUAUCCUCCAGCUCCUCCUGCAGUUGUAAAUAUGGUAUUACAACUGCCCUGGGAAACUGCCUUGUUUAUGUCACCUUACCCCUAACAUACUAUCUCCUCACUCCAGUAUCCCCCUGUCACCUUACCCCUCUACCUCUAUCUCCAUCACUCCAGUAUCCCUGCAUGUUGUAACUAUGGUAUUAGAACUGACCCUGGAACUGACUGUUUUAUAGUCCACCUUACCCUAGACAUAUCUAUCUCCCAUCACUCCAGUAUCCCUGUCCCUUACCCCUAUACAUAUCUACCUCUAUCAUCCAUUUAUCCCUGUCACCGUACCCCUUAACAUUCUACCCUCUAUCACUUCCAGUAUCCCUGGUCCCCCCUUACCCCCUAUACAAUAUUAUCUCCAUCACUCCAGUAUCCCUGUCCCUUACCCCUAUACUAUCUACCUCUAUCACUCCAGUAUCCCUGUCACCUAACCCUAUACAUAUCUUACCUCUAUCACUCCAGUAUCCCUGUCACCUUACCCCUAUACAUAUUACCUCCAUCACUCCCGUAUCCCCGUCCCCUUACCCCCUAUACAUUCUACCUCUAUCACUCCCGUAUCCCGUUCACCUUACCCCCCAUCUAUCUACCCCUAUCCCUCCAGUAUCCCCGUCCCCUUUCCCCUAUACAUAUCUACUCUAUCCUCGUAUCCCUGUCCCCUUACCCCCAUACAAUUACCUCUAUCACUCCAGUAUCCCUGUCCCCUUACCCCAUACAUAUCUACCUCUAUCACUCCGUAUCCCUGUCACCUUUACCCCUUUUACAAUCUACCUUAUCACUCCCGUAUCCCGUUUACCUUACCCCUAUACAUAUCUACCUCCAUCACUCCAGUAUCCCUGUCCCUUCCCCUAUACAUAUCUACCUCAUCACCCAUAUCCUGUCCCUUACCCAACAUAUACCUCUAUCACUCCUACCUGUCACCUUACCCCAUACUAUCUACCUCUAUCACUCCAGAUCCCUGUCCCUACCCUAUACUACUCCUCCAUCCUCCAGUACCUGUCCCCUUACCCUAACUCAUCUCAUCACUCCAGUAUCCCGUCACCUUACCCCUAUACAUAUCUACCUCUAUCACGCCAGUAUCCCUGUCCCUUACCCCUAUACAUAUCUACCUCUAUCACUCCAGGUCCCUGUCCCCUUACCCCUAUACAUAUCUACCUCUAUCACUCAGAUCCCUGCCACCUACCCCAUACAUAUUACUCUACACUCCAGAUCCCUUUACCACCCCUAUACAUAUUACCUCUUCACUCCAGUACCCGUUCCCUUACCCAUAAAUCUACCUCCAUCACCCGUAUCCCUGCAUGUUGUAAAUAUGGUAUUAGAACUGACCCUGGAACUGACCUUGUUUAUAGUCACCUUACCCCUAUACAUAUCUAUCUCCAUCACUCCAGUAUCCCUGUCCCCUUACCCCUAUACAUAUCUAAUUCCAUCACUCCAGUAUCCCGUCACCUUACCCCUUACAUAUCUAUUCUCAUCACUCCAUAUCCCUGAUGUUAAAAAUGGUAUUUGAACACCCUGGAACUGACCUUUAUAACCUUACCCAUAUUUUAAUCUCCAUCACUCCAGUAUCCCUGUCCCCUUUCCCCAUACAUAUCUACCUCUAUCACGCCAGUAUCCCCGUCACCUUAACCCCUAUAAUAUCUACCUCUAUCACUCCAGUAUCCCUGUCCCUUUCCCCUAUACAUAUCUAUCUCCAUCAUCCAGUAUCCCUGUCCCCUUACCCCUAUACAAUAUACCCCUAUCACUCCAGUAUCCCUGUCACCUUACCCCUAUCACUAUUACCUCUAUCACUCCAGUACCCUGCCCUUACCCCUAUAAUACUCCCCACUCCAGAUCCCUGUCCCUUACCCUAUACAUAUCUACCUCUAUCACUCCAGUAUCCCUGUCACCUUAAACCCUUACAUAACCUCCAUCACUCCUAUCCCGUCCCCUUACCCCUUACUAUCUACCUCUAUCACUCCCCUAUCCCUGUCACCUUACCCCCCAUACAUAUCUACCCUCUAUCAAUCCAGUAUCCCUGUCACCUUACCCCUAUAAUAUCUACCUCCAUCACUCCAGUAUCCCGUCCCCUUACCCCUAUAAAUCUACUCCAUCACUCCAGUAUCCCUGUCCCUUACCCCUAUACAUAUCUACCUAUCACUCCCUAUCCUGUCACCUUACCCUAUACAUAUCUACCUCUACACUCCAGUAUCCCUGACCUUACCCUAUACUAUCACCUCCAUCACUCCCGUAUCCCUGUCCCCUUUCCCCUAUACAUAUCUAUCUCCAUCACUCCAGUAUCCCUGUCACCUACCCCUAUACAUAUCUACCUCUAUCACGCCAGUAUCCGUCCCCUUACCCCUAUACAUACUACCUCUAUUUACUCCAGUAUCCCUGUCCCCCUUUCCCCCAUUACAUAUCUAACCUCUAUCAUCCAGUAUCCCGUCCCCUUACCCCCCUAUACAUAUCUACCUCUAUACUCCAGUAUCCCUGUCCCUUACCCCUAUACAUAUUUACCUCUAUCACUCCAGUAUCCCUGUCCCUUACCCCAUACAUAUUACCCCUUAUCACUCCAGUAUCCCUGUCAAACCCUUACCCCUAUACAAUACCUCUAUCACUCCAGUAAUCCUGUCCCCUUACCCCUAUACAUAUCUACCUCUAUCACUUCAGUAUCCCUGUCCCCUUCCCCUAUACAUAUCUACCUCUAUCACUCCGUCCCUGUCACCUUACCCCUAUACAUAUCUACCUCUAUCACUCCGUAUCCCUGUCCCCUACCCCUAUACAUAUCACCUCUAUCACUCCAGAUCCCCCGUCCCCUUACCCCUAUACAUAUCUACCUCCAUCACUCCAGUAUCCCUGUCCCCUUCCUAUACAUAUCUACCUCUAUCACUCCCGUAUCCCUGUCACCUUACCCCUAUACUAUUACCUCUAUCACUCCAGUAUCCUGUCCCUUACCCUAUAUUCUACCUCCACUCCAGUAUCCCUGUCCCCUUACCCUAUACAUAUCUACUCAUCACUCCAGGAUCCCUGUUCCCUUACCCCUAUACAUAUCUACCUCUAUCACUCAGAUCCCUGUCACCUUACCCUAUACAUAUACAUCUACCUCCAUCCCCAUCUUAUCCCAGUGUACCCGUCACUACCCUAUACAAUCUACCUCCAUCACGCCAUCCCUGUCCCCUUACCCCUAUACAUAUCCCUCCAUCACUCCAGUAUCCCUGCAUGUUGGAAAUAUGGUAUUAGAACUGACCCUGGAACUGACCUUGUAUGUAGUGUCUUACUUCUCAUCUUCUUAUUUUUUCUUAUUUUUAUUCCUCAAGUGUUUUUGUUCUACCUUGUGUUAUUUUUAGUACUUCAUUGUUGAGUUUAGAGCUUGCAAGAAAGACAUUUAAUUGUACGUGUGCACGUGACAUUAAAACUUUAAUUGACUAAAUAGGAUAGUUCACCCAAAUGUUUCAUACUUCGUGUCCAAAUGAUCCUAAUGUAUCUCAAAUUGAUUGUGUAACUCAAUUAAGUUACUUAUUGAUUAUUUGGACAUGAAGCAGAAACAUAUUCUAAUAUUGGGACUAUUUACUUAAUUUUGUAAUUUGGCUGAACUACCCCUUUAAAUGAAAACAUUUUGUGGACUCUCUUUACCAAAUUCUUUUUGUUUUUCAGAAAUGGUGCAGAAGCAAUUUGAUCAAUUGUCCAGAGAGAGCUUUAAGAAUUAUCCUUAUCUUCAAAAGUUCUCAACGGUAAUUAAAAUAGUAAAUUGUUAAGCACUCUGAAAUUAUAAUCUUACAAUUCUGUAUUCUGUGAUUUUAGCCUGAAUUCGAAAUCUUACGAGGUUAGUGGGACUAGCAAGAAGGCAGGAAAACAUGGGGCAAAGUAGCACUUAAAAAUCACAAUAUUUUUUUUAUGAGGAAUUCUAAUUUACAGGUUGUCCUUUGUAGGAUUGUAGCCUGAAACGUUCAAAAUAAAACACCACAAGAUACUUAGAGCAUGUCGAACUUAACUUUUAUCUGAAACAUUAACAGUAUUAUACUGUCUCCCUGCAUCCAAGGUUCUUUAUGUGCUCAUGAUAUCUUAAUCUUUGUAUAAACUCAUAGAUGAACAUUGAAAGAAUCCAGGAAGAUCAGUCAAAAAUAGUGAAGGAGAGGAUCAAGGAGCAGUUUGAGAUGGAGAUGCAGGUCUACACACAGGAUGAAAUCUUCAACAAGUAUAAUCUUGAAGAGGGGGAAACAACAGACAACUCAGAGCACGACACCAGGAGCAAGUACCCAGGGCUGCUCAAGUCAUACUAUGAGGUACAAUGCAACACAAGUACCCAGGGCUGCUCAAGUCAUACUAUGAGGUACAAUGCAACACAAGUACUGUAAAGUAUGUUUCGCUUAAAGAGAGUAGGAGGAGAAGUUCCAGAAAUAAAAUGUAAUUAACUAAAACCUGACAUACAGCUGGCAGGUUAUGUACAGAGGGCAGGUUAUGUACAGCGGGCAGGUUAUGUACAGCGGGCAGGUUAUGUACAAGCGGGCAGGUCAUGUACAGCUGGCAGGUUAUGUACAGCGGGCAGGUUAUGUACAGCGGGCAGGUUAUGUACAGCUGGCAGGUUAUGUACAGUGGGCAUGAAAAAAAAAAUUAUGUACAGCGGGCAUGUUAUGUACAGCGGGCAGGUUAUGUACAGUGGGCAUGUAAAAAAAAUUUUUUUGUACAGCGGGCAUGUUAUGUACAGCGGGCAGGUUAUGUACAGCUGGCAGGUUAUGUACAGUGCCUUGCAAAAGUAUUCAUCCCCAGUGGGGUUUUUUCCCUAUAUUGUUGCAUUACAACCUGUAAUUUAAAUUGAUUUUUAUUUGGAUUUCAUGUAAUGGACAUACACAAAAUAGUCCAAAUUGGUGAAGUGAAAUUAAACAAAUAACUUGUUUCAAGAAAUUCGAAAAAAUAAAUAACGGACAAGUGGUGCGUGCAUAUGUAUUCACCCCCUUUGCUAUGAAGCCCCUAAAUAAGAUCUGGUGCAACCAAUUACCUUCAGAAGUCACAUAAUUAGUUAAAUAAAGUCCACCUGUGUGCAAUCUAAGUGUCACAUGAUCUGUCACAUGAUUUCAGUAUAUAUACACCUGUUCUGAAAGGCCCCAGAGUCUGCAACACCACUAAGCAAGGGGCACCACCAAGCAAGCGACACCAUGAAGACCAAGGAGCUCUCCAAACAGGUCAGGGACAAAGUUGUGGAGAAGUACAGAUCAGGGUUGGGUUAUAAAAAAAUAUCAGAAACUUUGAACAUCCCACGGAGCACCAUUAAAUCCAUUGUAAAAUAAUUGAAAGAAUAUGGCACCACAACAAACCUGCCAAGAGAGGGCCACCCACUAAAACUCACAGACCAGGCAAGGAGGGCAUUAAACAGAGAGGCAACAAAGAGACCAAAGAUAACCAGCUGCAAAGCUCCACAGCGGAGAUUGGAGUAUCUGUCCAUAGGACCACUUUAAGCCGUACACUCCACAGAGCUGGGCUUUACGGAAGAGUGGCCAGAAAAAAGACAGAGCUUAAAGAAAAAAAUAAGCAAACAUGUUUGGUGUUCGCCAAAAGGCAUGUGGGAGACUCCACAAACAUAUGGAAGAAGGUACUCUGGUCAGAAUCAAAUAAAAUUGAGCUUUUUGGUCAUCAAGGAAAACGCUAUGUCUGGCGCAAUCCCAACACCUCUCAUCACCCCGAGAACACCAUCUCCACAGUGAAGCAUGGUGGUGGCAGCAUCAUGCGGUGGGGAUGUUUUUUCAUCGGCAGGGACUGGGAAACUGGGCAGAAUUGAAGAAAUGAUGGAUGGCGCUAAAAACAGGGAAAUUCUUGAGGGAAACCUGUUUCAGUCUUCCAGAGAUUUGAGACUGUGACGGAGGUUCACCUUCAAGCAGGACAAUGACCCUAAGCAUUCUGCUAAAGCAACACUUGAGUGGUUUAAGGGGAAACAUUUAAGUGUCUUGGAAUGGCUUGUCAAAGCCCAGACCUCAAUUCAAUUGAGAAUCUGUGGUAUGACUUAAAGAUUGCUGUACACCAGCAGAACCCAUCCAAUUUGAAGGAGCUGGAGCAGUUUUGCCUUUAAGAAUGGGCAAACAUCCCAGUGGCUAGAUGUGCCAAGCUUAUAGAGACAUCAACCAAGAGUCUUGCAGCUGUGAUUGCUGCAAAAGGUGGCUCUACAAAGUAUUGACUUUCGGGGGAUGAAUAGUUAGGCACGCUCAGGUUUUCUGUUUUUUUGUCUUAUUUCUUGUUUGUUUCAUAAUAACAAAUAUUUUGCAUCUUCAAAGUGGUAGGCAUGUUGUGUAAAUCAAAUGAUACAAACCCCACAAAAAUCAAUUUUUAUUCCAGGUUGUAAGGCAACAAAAUUGGAAAAAUGCCAAUGGGGAUGAAUACUUUCGCAAGCCAAUGUAGCGUACUUAUCGACAAACUUUCUCAUCAGGGUCUUCCACAAAUUUGGGGAGAUCUCAACGUGUAUGUAUGGACUACAGCUAGCUCUGGUACCCCAGAGACAGAUUAGAGAUUGGACACUGAGGUUUCUGCAUCAAAUCAAAUCUAUUGUAUUCAUCACAUACACAGUUUACAGCUGGUAUAAAAGGUGCAGCGAAAUGCUUAUGUGCUAACUCCCUCAACAAUGCAGUACCGUGCUGAUAUACCGUGUGUUAUAGGGAAAUAAUGCACGCUCUAGAAUGCCCUUCAAGCCAAUCAGAAACGAUUAUUCAACAAUGCCAUGGUAUAUUCAAUAAUAACAUUAUGAUGUAUUUACAUUACACAGUGUAAUAAAAAAUGUCCAUAUGGCAGCCAUGUUUACUCCCGAUGGGCAAUAUUGACCAAUAGCUGUGUAACUGAAAGUCUACAAUUAGAAUUUGAAUCCACAUACUUGUCAUGAAUGGAUAAAUAGAAUGCUCAAAGGCGUCCGUUCUAAAAGUUGGUCCAACUCUCUAUGUACAGUAUAUAGCUCUGCUCCAGCCUGUACAAUGAAUCCAUGACAUCAUCAAUGGGCAUGAUCAGAUCUCUCAUGAAUGCUUUUUUGACAAAUCUUUCAAACAUGAAUUGUUGUGGCAGGGUUGCUUUAUGGUAAGUUGCAUUUUGCGUACCAAUCCAACUCUGAAGUCUAUAUGUUCAACUUGCUGAGCCUUGGUUGCCAUUUGGCAAUAUUUUGGUUGCCUUGUGGCCAUCUCAUCACUUCGGGCCCUCACUCUCCCUCCCACCUCACCUCUCUCAGCUCUUUCACCUCUCUCACCUCUCUCACAGAUUGUGGUGCAAAGACUGGCUGACCAGGUGCCCAUGCUGAUCCGUUACUUCAUCCUCAAGCAGUCAGCCAAGAUUGUGUGCAGUGAAAUGCUGGAUCUGCUACACAGAGACAACACUGAUGACAUCCUACAGGAGGACUUGGAGAUCGGACACUAUCGUGCAAAGUUGCAGGCCCAAGCGGACCGCCUUUUACUGGCCAAUGACAAAGUCAGCAGCCUCUGAGAGGGUGACGCCUAGACAGUUACAAAAUUCAGAGAUGUUGCCAAAAAAAGAAACUGUUUAAUUAACUGCUGGAUCAGUGUCCCAAAAUCGGGACAGUUACUGCUCAAUAUGCAAUAUUUGACUAGAAUGGCGUUGUUAACAACAGCCAACUUUCUGGGACAUAGACAUGUCUUGUAUCGUCAGAAAGCUUAAAUUAUUGUUAAU